UUUUUUGACUUAGACAUGUCCAUUUUUAAAAAUUUUUUCUCCUCUACAAGUGACGAUCCACAAGGAGAAUCUACAAAUGCGGAGAUUGUUGACAGAUUAGUGGAACGAUUGGAAAGUGCGAGCAAUUUGGACGAUAGGCGUGAUGCUUUGAGGGCGCUGCGUUCGUUAGCAAGGAAUCUUCGUAUGCAUGUUGCCACACGUGGGAUGGAUGCCUUUAUGGAAGUUCUCGAAAAGAAUGCUUCCUUAACUGAUUUGGUUUCUCUUACCCUCGAUAUUUUGGAUUGUACUUUAACGGAAGCUGGGGGAGAUGAUGAUGAUCCUCAACAAAUUUCUGCAGAUGAUGAAAUUGGGGACAGACUUGCUGAAUUGAUGUUACAAAGGGCUAAUUUUAUGGCUUCUUUAGUUAAACUUUUGGCUUGUAAUGAUUUUGCUGUUAGGAGGAACACAAUCAAACUGCUUACAUCUCUCCUCCGGCAUCGUCCAACUUCAGUACAACAAGCUAUAAUCAGUCAACGUGGUGUUUCUAAUAUUGUUGAUUUAUUGAAUGACAAGAGGGAAGUAAUUCGCAACAAUGUUGUUUUGAUGCUUAGCGAGUUAAGCCGUGGAAAUUCCCAAAUUCAACAAUUACUUUAUUUUGAAAAUGCUUUUCAACUUCUUUUUGAGGUUAUUUCACAGGAACCUUUAGAAAGCAUUGUAAUUGAAGAUUGCCUUUUUGUAAUGCUCAAUUUGUUGAGGAAAAAUGCUAGUAAUCAAGUUGGGUUUCGUGAAGCAAAUUUAUCAAAACAAUUAACUCAAUUGGCCAAUAUUUUUAUCUAUCCAUCCGAAGAAGAACAACAAUUUCAACAACAAUUAGGUUCAAUGCCCGAUGAUGAAUGGAGUGCUCAAAAAAUUGCAAACUUUAUUCUUAUUUUACAAAUUGUUCGUGCCCUUUGUUCGCCUAUUGAUAAUAUACACAAAACUACACAUUCUGCACAACAAGCUUUAUUAAAAUCAGGAAUGUUAGAUUUGCUCUGUAAAGUAUUGCUUUCACAAUUGGGUAUUUCCGUCGAUGUUUUGGCAGAAUCUGUUGUUACCGUUGCAGAAAUUAUACGUUCAAACUACGCCAAUCAAGAAUUUUUUGCUUGUUCAACAGUUACUGAUCAGGAUGGCGUCAGGUUUUCUUCCCCUUUAAAAAUUCCUAAAAAUUCGAUUUUUUUAAGACCAGCACUGCUCAUUCUCCUCCUUUCAAUGACUUCAGAAAAACAACCUUUUAGACUUCGCUUGGCCGUUUUUUAUUGUUUUUUGUGUUAUUUACAUGGAAAUGAAAAUGGGAAAAUUCGCAUAAUAAAUACUUUGCUUCCUCAAAAAGAGGUGGCUACAAAUGAGCAGCAACAAACAGAGGAUGAAGCUCAAGUUUUAAUAGGACAUUAUUUGUGUGCGGCGUUAGUUAAUCAUGAACCUGUACAGGUUUGGUUUGCCUCAGUCAUUCUCGUUCACGCUUUGCAUGAUGCAGAUCAUUUAAAACCCCAACUUUUGCGUGUCCAACUUUCCACUUCAACAAAUAAAGAGCCCCAAUUGUUACUUUCACAUUUAACUCGAAUGCUUUGUACUUGUGGUCCAAGAAAGUUACAAAUUCGUUGUGGGCUUUUAAUGUUAUUUUCGACUUGGUUUUAUAAUUGUACGGCUGCUAUUGACCAUUUUAUGAAAAAUGAUGAGAAUAUCAAUUUUUUGAUAAGUCAACUAGUUGAUCAAAACACAGAAAUAACAGAAACCGAAAAUCAAUUUAUAAAAGGAUUGGUAGCAUUUUUAAUUGGUAUAUGUCUUCAUUCGUGGGAACUAGCUGAAGAUAAAACUGAAAAAGUUUCCAAUUUCAUCCAAUUAUUAGAACGUCGUCAAAUUGGUCGUGAACGAAUUGCUGAAUAUUUGGAGGGUGUUGCCAAAUCUGAAUUUUAUAUUAGAGCAGCACAAAGACCCCAACCUUUGGCUAAAAAUCCUUCAGAUUUGUUGGUGGAUUAUCAAUUUACAAAAUUCUUUAAAGGAAUUGAAAAUAAUUUGUUAAAAAUGUUAUGCCCAAAUGGAGAAUUUCCUUCUACUGCAAAUGCUCAAUGGGAAACUGCGUUAGCCCCCUACAAAAAAAUUAUAAUGAAACAGGAUGAAAAAAUUGCUGAACUUGUUAGAAAGCUUGACGAAAUGAAAACUUGUACUAAUACUGUUUCGACGACUACAGCUACAACGGUUGAAGUUAAUAAUCAGCAACAGCAAAUAAUCCAUCAGAAUGGGUAUUCAAAUGGCAAUUCAAUUCCAAAUGGUUUUGAUGUCAAUGCUUGUUUAAAUCCUCCAAAUAUUGAAGAAUUUACUCAACAAAUUGAACAAUUAAAAAAUGAAUUGGCUAAAAAAUCUGCUCUAUGUGAACAACGUGCGGAUGCUGAAAUGAAAUUGCAACAACUUACAAUUGUCACACGACAAUGGCAAGCUGAAGCAGAGAAAUAUAAACAAUGGGCAUUGCAAUGGCAAUCGUUUCAGUUGGCACAGUUUGAAAAUCCAUCAGAACCGGCUAUUCAACAAUUAAAACAACAACAAACCGAAUUAGAACAACAAAUCCAAUUUGGAUGGCAAGCAUUUGAACAACAAAGUCAGCAACUUACAGAGUUGGUUAAACAAAACGAAAAUAUUUUGGGUAGAUCACAAGAACUGGAACAAAGGUUAAAUGACUCUGAAAAUCAAUUGCAAAAUUUGAGGGAACAAUAUGCUAAUUUAAAACAACAAAAGAUAUCUUCCCCUCCGCCGGACGAAACUUCUUCGGAAGAAUUGGCUCUAUUGAAAAAAGAACACGAGGAUUUACUUUUAUUGUUGGCGGAACAAGAUAAGAAAAUGCACAGUUAUAGACGUAUGUUAGCCAGUCAUGGUGAGGUGCUAAGCGAUGCUGAUGAAGAGCCUUGA